GUAUUAUUUAUUAUAUUCUAUACCUGAAUUAAGGAGUCCUGAUGUGCAAGUGGAUUUAAAUCUUCCAUGUCUCGAUUCGACUUAGCUGCUGAUUAUUAGGUAGCGUUGAACGAACAUCGUUGCCCCCCACGCUGUCACGAAUAAAGGUUAGACUGCGGCUUAUAAUUCCCGCUGUGCCCUUUUUCUUCUUCCUCUCCUCUCUCUUUUUAAGCCAAGCCGUCAAAGGUUCGGCGGUGAGGAGGAGGAGCUACUCCGAUGUGACGAUCCUACUUAAACCUGGAGGGACACAACAAGUUCGCGCGGGUACACACACACAACGUGUCCUACCUCCAAGGUUAAGGGUACUAAAACCACCACCUCGUUUUUUUUUCUUUUAAUUUAACCCGGGACUACGAAUAACUAACAUAACCUGAACUGUUAUUAUAUUAUUUCCUGCUCUAUCUAUCUAACCCUCCGCCUAAUCCCUCCUUCCCCUCCCCUCCGCCUCCUUCUUUGUUGUCGAAAUAUUUCCACCUCUAGAAGGUAAAUAUCCCUAGACAACAAUAACAACAACAAUGGCGGAACCAACAAACACCCCAAUGCCAACGGCACCGCCAACCCCACGCUCCACCUCCCCCGCACUCGGCGCCACACGCCCUGGCAGCACCACCCUGAGUCCUCCUCCCCCCAAACAUUUCGGAAUACCUCUUACGUCGUCGUCGUACACAUCCCUGUCCGUGCUAGGGGGUCCGACAACGAAGAGCAGCGGCAGCAGCAGCAAACCCGUGGUGCUGCACAUCGGGGACCCCGUCAAGUACAACCCGGAGACGUACGCCGAGUUCGCGAGCCAGUUCGAGGUGGUACGCCCGUCCGCCGACGAGCGCCAGCGGCCCGCCUUCGUCCAGGCCCUGCGCGAGAAACGGUGGGGCGACUUCUCCGCCAUCUUCCGCCCCUUUUGGGGUACCGGCGGCGAGAUGGGGAAUUGGGACGCCGAGCUCGUGUCCCUCCUGCCGGAUAGCGUCAGGGUCUUCGCGAGCGCCGGCACGGGCUUCGACUGGGCUGACACGCAGUUGCUGGGCGAGAAAGGCAUCGUGUACUGCAACGGUGGCCUGGCCGCUGCGGAGGCCGUAUCCGACUUCGCCCUCGCCUUGAUUAUCUCAACGUUCCGCGCGCUCCCGUAUUGCAUCUCGUCUAGCGCAACCUCCGAGACUUUCCAGGCGUGUCACGAGAACGCCACCGCGCAAUCCCACAACCUGCGCGGUCGCGUCUUGGGGCUUGUCGGGCUGGGGAAUAUCGGCCAACAGAUUGCGCUUAAGUGCAGUGCUGCUUUCGGCAUGGAUAUCAUAUAUUACGAUGUCGAACGCAAGCCGCCCGCGCUCGAAACUCGUUUGCAUGCCCGCUUUGUGAGCAGCCUCGAGCAGCUUGCGCGUCAGUCCGAUUGUGUCGUGCUAUGCGCGCCUGGUGCUGCGGGUCAGAUUAUCACCUCGGAGAGCCUGAGAUGGUUCCGACCUGGUGCGCGCCUCGUCAACGUCGCGCGGGGAUCUCUCGUCGAUGAAGAAGCAGUGGCCGACGCGCUGGAACAGGGCUGGCUUAGCAAUGCCGCCCUUGAUGUGCACGCCGAUGAGCCCAACAUCCACCCUAAGUUAUUAGCACUUGCGGGAACCAAAGUUCUCCUGACAUGCCAUAAUGCUGGUGGAACUGUCGAGACCCAUAUCGGCUUCGAGGAGCUCGCUAUGCGCAAUAUCAUGGCCGUAUUAGCUGGCGGACAAGCUAUUACGCCCGUUAACACGCAGUGGUUGAAAAACAAUGCCGUGUCGUAACAGGACGAGACUGGAUAUUGCGGCCGGUUUAUACCAGCCAAAAGGAAAUACUUUUACGUUACUAAACAACGCAGCGGCCCUGACUGGGCUGAAGGGAUACGUUCCCCGGAGGUUUGGUUUCCUCUUUCAGCGAGUAUGCGAGCGAACGACUCAAGGAAUAUCUAACAAACAAAAUAUCGCGAAUUUACUUGAGAGGGAUUAAAUACCCAUAGAUGUAAGAAAAAGGAGCAUCUGUAGAUAAGAAAUUCGGGGGGCGGGGGGUUGGGGUUAAGGAGGGUAGGAGUAAAGAGGAGCGGCUCGGAUAGGGGUAAAAACGGAAAGGUAGGUGUUUACAUGAGGCGAAAGAUAUACUCCACUUGCCUCUACAUGUAUGAAAUCGGCCAUACGAAGUAUAUAUCAAGUAUAUACCUACGAUACAAAGUAGAUGAAAAUCCUACAAUCAUGUGGCAAUGGGAUGGUUUAGUGUGAAUACUAAUCGGAGCUACGAUUUAAAUGCUACAAUCGGGAUGUUUUUGGUAAG